GAGAGAUCAAGCACGUACGGCCACAGUCAGCUGAAAACUGGGCAUCCCGUCCGCUCUGCCAUACAUAAGCAGUUGAACGGCAGAUUAGUACUACGGUGGGUGACCACGUGGGAAUCCCUGCUGCUGUACGUUUUGCUCUUCUCUUUUGCAUGUUCUUUUGUCUCAUGGCUGUGA